AGAGGUGGCACCAGUACGACAGUAUUUGAUAGACAAAGAUAGGAACUACAAGUGUUUUGCAGAGGUUAUAGGCAAUUUUAGUGGGUGCUGAGAACAACUGGCUCCGAAGUUUUAAAGAGGACUUUUGAUCAGUGCUUUGUUUUUAAAGUUUUCUAUCCCCUUGGUGACUUAACCAGAUGGGGUGAAUUAAGUCACGCCAAUUAAGGUAACAAUAUUCGGAGGUUGUUUCUACCGGGUUAAUAAAUUCCAAAAUUGAAUUUGUCAAUUUUGAGGAGAUGGUCGGACUUAAUUUAAAAUAAUGACUUAAGUUUUAGCAUUGUUAAUUCACCGGAAUGACAGCAAAAAUCACGUGAGUUUGCAUCGUUAUCCGAACUAAAGAUAGCUUGAUUCCAUCGCUAUCGCGGAGGAUAACGCUUUGAUUUAAUUAUCAAAUGAACUUUCUCUAUGAGUCACUGACGUGUCUGUUACUAUUAAUCUGAAGUAUUAAAUAACCAACUCGACUCCUUUGAACAGUAUUUUGUGUCCGACAAUGUACAUGAUCCGCUGAGACAGGGGAGUCAGCUGACGCGAAAUUCAAAUGGAGUCGAAGGAGACGAGCGAACGUGAACCUCUGCUUUCGAAAGAAGCAGCUCACGCAUUAAAUGUGAACGAUGACAGUGACACCGAAGAGGAGGAUCUACGCAAGAAAGAGAAGACGUUAACUUUGUCACAAGUGGUGAAACAAAAAGCUCAGGGCAGGAAGAAGGCGUUGACAGGCCCCCUGGUGUUGGCCAUGUUUGCAGCAGUUAUUGGCUGUUCAUUUCAAGUGGGUUAUGCAACAGGUGUGCUCAACGAGCCUCAGAAUGUACUUAAAGAAUUUAUCAAUGCCACAUGGUGUGAAAGGUACCACUCCUCUAUCCACCCAGACGUCCUACUGAUACUCUGGUCAGUGAUAGUGUCCAUAUUUUGUGCAGGAGGUAUGGUGGGAGGGUUUGCAGCCGGCUACUUGGCCAACCAUAUUGGAAGAAAAAAUGCAAUGAUGAUAAUUAACAUCAUUUCCGUAGCUGCCAUUGGCUUGCAAGCUGGUGCCAAAUAUGCCAAAUCAUUUGAGAUGAUCAUAGUGGGACGCUUUUUAAUAGGGGUACAUUCAGGUUUGAGCACAGGUGUUGCCCCUAUGUACCUGAACGAGAUUGCCCCCCUGACUUUGCGUGGGGCCAUGGGCACCAUUAACCAGCUGUUUAUAGUUUUGGGCAUGGUUACAUCACAGGUGUUAGGACUCAAAGAGAUACUAGGCACAGAUGAUUUAUACCCAUAUUUAUUAGGUGCCCCUGCAGUUGCUGCAGUGCUACAGUUGGUCCUGCUUCCUAUGUGUCCUGCCAGUCCCAGAUAUCUACUGCUUAAUAAACACCAGGAGGAGAAGGCACGCAAAGCACUGAUGUGGUUCAGGCACACUGUUGUUGCCAAAUCAGUGGAGCAUGAAAUAGUUGAAAUGAAAAAUGAGCAUGAGCGCAACAAACACUUACCAAAGGUAACUGUCUGUCAACUCUUCCGAGACCCCAUGCUGAGAGAGCCCCUCAUGAUUGCCCUGGUUGCUAACAUAUCGCAGCAGUUGUCAGGAAUCAAUGCUGUGACCUAUUACUCCAUUAUGAUCUAUGAGCAGGCUGGUCUUAAUGACACGGAUGCCAGCUAUGCUACUGUGGGAAUGGGAGGAAUCAUGUUUGUGAUGACAGGGAUCAGUGCCGUCUUGGUAGAUAGGGCUGGCAGACGCACACUCCAUCUAGUGGGACUGGGAGGAAUGUGUAUAUUUACUGUAGUGAUGACCAUUUCAUUUGUCUACAGUGAUCCACUAAAUCCGCAGAAAGAGUGGAUUUCUUACAUAAGCAUUGUAGGCAUGAUAAGCUUUACAAUAUUCUUCUCUGUUGGGCCAGGUUCUAUUCCGUGGUUUUUAACCGUUGAACUGUUUGCCCAGAAUGCUCGCUCAGCUGCCUCCAGUUUAGCGACUCCCUGCAACUGGGCAGCUAACUUUAUGGUGGGACUGUUGUACCCAAUCAUGCAGAAAAACCUACAGGACUACUCUUUCCUGCCAUUCACGGGACUGCUGGCUCUGUUCUGGCUCUUCACCUACAUCAAGCUCCCAGAGACCAAGGGGCAGACGGCCCACGACAUGUGCUUGUUGUUUGAGUCAAGGGUCAGCGGAAAACCCAUCAACGAAUUGAGGGAAAGGGACAUUAAGGCUUAGGAAUACACCCACUUGUGCAGGAUUGUUUCCUUGAUUUAUGGGAUCACUACCAUUGUGAAAUAAAUGUGAAGAGUAUGUAUGGAAUGGUUAGAAAAAUGGAGAAAUUGAGAAUGUGAGGAUGCAGGCUGUUUGGCCAUGCGAAACGAAACGAACAAAUUUAAUUAUGUAUAAUGAUAAAAACAAGACAAUAGAGUGAACUCCUUCCAAAAACAUGUUUUGAAAAGUUAUCAGAUGAACCGAUCAAAGGCAGUCAAAGAGUCUAAAUAUUUUAGAUCUUAUAUGAAGUCCCCAUGUGGUACAGCUGGGAAAUAGACUGAAAUUAAGCCUGCUUUCUUUAUGUGAGCCUCAGGAAUGUCAUACUAGGUUUAUAUAAAAGACUUAUAUUCUUCAGUUUUUUAGAGUUAAAAUUUUGUUUAAAAAAAUAAAGGUCUUAAAGGGAU